UGCGGGCUGCGAGGAGAGAGGAGGUUGCAGGGCAGGGACAGAGGCUUGUGCCUAGACAAUGAAAACUCCAGGGGACACUUAACAUUUAAGAUGCUGACCUGAGGCUGGGGUGCUGUGCUGAAGUGGUAUGGACACAGAUAGAAUGGCUAGUCGUCAGAGCUCCAGAAUGGCUAGUCCUAAGAGCUCCAGGAUGGCUAGUCCUCAGAGCUCAAGAAUGGCUAGUCCUCAGAGCUCAAGAAUGGCUACUCCUCAGAGCUCCAGGAUGGCUAGUCCUCAGAGCUCCAUGAUGGCUAGUCCUCAGAGCUCCAGGAUGGCUAGUCCUCAGAGCUCCAGGAUGGCUAGUCCUCAGAGCUCCAGGAUGGCUAGUCCUCAGAGCUCCAGAAUGGCUAGUCCUCAGAGCUCCAGAAUGGCUAGUCCUCAGAGCUCCAGACACAGUAGCUCUGUUUCAUCUUCUCCAAUGAGCAGGACGCACUCACUCCAGGUGGACUCGGUGCAGCGCUGGAUGGAGGACCUGCGUCACAUGACGGAGGUGGAGUGCAUGUGUGUUCUGCAGGCCAAGGCCAUUGGCGUGGAGGAGGAUGCCCAGGGUGAGCUCAUCGUGGCCACGCGGGACCACGUGGCCCGCGACAACCUGCAGACGCUGCUGCGACGGGCGCUGGUGGUCAGCACGGAGCUGGGCAAGAUGUUCCAGCGGCUGGAGAAGGGCCGCUGGCAGCGGGUCCACAGCACGGCCGUCCGGGCCAACUGCCACGUGCGCUCGCUGGUGCACGAGUAUAGCGCCGCCCGUAACACCCCCCCAGAGAUGCAGAAGUAUGAGCAGUCUUUGCUUGAGAAGUGCAUGGAGCUGACCACCAUAACAGAGAAAUGCCUUCAUACUGAGGACAAAUUCUUCCUGAAGUCCAUGAGGGAGGCCAUUAACGAGAUUCUCACCGAUGUCAGCGAUUCAUUCAGCCAAAUGAUUGACAUGGCUCUGGCCAACGAGAUCCAGAUCCUGAUCAGGAAGAUUGAGUCGUCAGACAGUGUGUACACCAUAGGCAGUGAAAUCAGCAACCUGCUCUCCCUCACCCAGGAUGGCCCGCAGCUCUGCAGAAUCAUCGCUAAGGAGGGCGCUGUGGUUGCCCUGUUUAAGAUCUGCCGGCAGGACUGCUUCAGCGACCUUUACGCACACGCCCUGAGGGCGGUGGCCUCCAUAUGUUGUGUGGAGGAGGGCAUCAAUCAGCUGGAGAAGGUGGAUGGGAUCCUGUGCUUGGCGGACAUCUUGACCGAUGAGAACAGAGCUGAGUCGGCGAGGGCAGAGGCAGCGGCAGUGGUGGCCCAGAUCACCUCACCCCACCACACCUCCACCCAGCACCUGGGCAGCUUCCUGGAGAGCAUGGAGGACAUUGUCACCGCUCUCAUCAAGUUGUGUGGGAGUGCCUCCUGUGGUGAGGUCUUCCUCCUGGCGUCUGCUGCUCUUGCCAACAUCACAUUCUUCGACAGCAUGGCCUGUGAGAUCCUCCUCCAGCUCAACGCCAUCCACAUCCUCCUACAGGCAUGCAAAGACCGCCAGAGAGUUGAUACUCCCUACUCUAAAGACCAGGUGGUUACCAUCUUGGCAAACCUCUCUGUUUUGGAGCAGUCUGCACCUGAAAUCCUGCAAGAGAAAGGUGUUGAGAGACUGCUCCAGCUGCUGGGUGAGAAGCCGUCCUCCUCCAGUCCAUCGGAGGGCGCCGCGUGCGAGAGGGUCCAGCAGAAAGCCGCUGUCACACUGGCCCGUCUGAGCAGAGACCCGGACGUGGCCCAAACAGCCAUCCAGCUGCAAGCUGUCCCUCGACUAAUCGAACUGUGUCGCUCACCAGCGGAGCGGAACAACAGUGACUCUGUACUAGUUGCAUGCCUGGCUGCCCUGAGGAGGCUGGCAGCAGGGUGUCCAGACAGCAUCGAGGCCACCGACCACCAGCAGCUGAUCAAGCCCAGACUGGUGGACUCUUUCCUGCUGUGCUCCAACAUGGAAGAAAGCUUUGUAUGAGAAGGGAGCUUUAUAGGACGAUCCAGAGCGGAGGGGUUGGGUGCACAGGCACUGGAGGAGUCUCAGUGACCACUCACUCCAGCCUGAGACUUAAAAGCACACAAGACAAAGGAGGGGUUGCAGAAAUCAGUCCCUAUAUCCCAAAGCAUACAUUAAAUGUAAACCCAAAAAUCUGAGCAGAAACAGAACUGCUGUUAAUAAUUACAAUAUUGACAUUCUCCGAGUAUAAAACACCGAAACUCGGGGACAUGUACAUGUUGGCAGCAUUCAUGAAAUCGUACUUAUUGGUUAUAAUUCAUCUCAUAAUAACAUUCAUAGUGUACAUGGGACCACCAUGCAUGAAAUAAAAAUAAUCAGUAUUUUGUGUCAGCUGCCAAUUUAAUGGGUUGUUCAAAUAUUAGAAACUACUAUUGCGUUCUGUUACUUACAGAUAAGAAUGUGUUUAAUGAGUUGUUGGUGGACAUACAGUAUAUUCAAGGUAUUGUUCAGGGGAGGUAAUAAUAUAGGUUACUGAUUUUAGUGUGCUGUUGUGAGCGGAAGGUGACUCCUAAAGUAGGUUUCCUUGGAAACAAAGUGCUUUGAAAUCUAUAAUAUUGUAUCUGUAUUUCUUGCCUUGGAUCUAAAACAUUGUAUUUGCUACAAAGAAACAUACUGUAAAUGUGUUGUAAACCACAAUCUCUAUUAAAUUACUAUUAUAAUGUAUGGCAUGCAUAUACUGUAAU